AUGGUCGCGACGCCCAAGAAGGCCAAGGCCACCACGCCCACCAAGGCGGCCAACGGCACCCCCGCCAAGGCCACGCCCACCAAGGCCGCCCCGACCUCGAGCACCGCCUCGCCUUCUGCCAAUACGCCGAGGCGAAAGACGAGAUCCCAGACUGGAGGUCAGCCUAGCCCGCCGCAGCCCCUUCCUUCGCGCUCCACGCCCAAAAAGGCGGUGGCUUCCUCCGGCACCCCCACCAAGAAGGCUUCCCCUUCGUCGCCGUCCGCCUCGCCUGCGAAGAAGGCAUCUCCCGCCAAGCCUCGCGCGCCCACUUCGGCGCUCGCCACCGCCACACCCAUCAACGCCGAGUCCUCGGACGAGGAGGAGGAGGCGGAGGACGACGACGAGGCAGAGGACGACGAGGCGGUCGACGGCGCAUCUGAUGCCGAGGACGAUGACGAGGAGGCAGACUCGGACUCGGACUCGGACUCCGAGACCGAGGACGGGCAGGAUGUCUCUGAAAAGGGACUGCAGAGGCUCAUGGAGGCGCUCGGCGACGACGGUCUCACCGAGGACGAUCUUCUGGCGCUCCAGGCCGCUCGAGGGGAGCUGCCCGAGGAGGCCGAUGACGACGAGGAUGACGACGAGGAGGACGACGACGAGGACGACGAAGACGAAGAAGAGGACGAAGACGAGGAGAUGAUUGACGGCGAGGCUGUCGAGGACGACGGCGCGGAGGACGACGAGGAAGGCGCCGAGGGCGAUGAGGAGGAGCUCCCCUCGGUCAAGCCCAACGCCAGCGGGGACACGCUGGCCGCCAGCAUCGCGCGGAGCGGACUGGUGCCGCAGGUCGAGUCCGACGACGAGUCCGAAGAAGAGGACGACGACGACGACGACGACGACGACGAUGACGAGGACGGCGGCGAGGACGAAGAGAUCGCCUACGAGGACCUGCCGGACAACGUGGAGCUGUCCGAGGAGGCGAAAGCGAGCCGGGUGCAGCGGAUCAAGGUCAACAACAAGGAGGCGCUGGCGAGCCUGUACCAGGACAUCCGGCUCGACGCGCCCGGCAGCUCCAAGAUGCCGUGGAUCGAGACGAUGCGCGUCACCUACGACCGGGUCGUGGCCGACGACGUGGCCGACGUCGACAACGACCUGGAGCGCGAGCUCGCCUUCUACAAGCAGGCGCUGCACACGGCCGUCGAGGGGCGCAAGCUGGUCGAGGCGUCCUGCACGCCGUUCGCGCGCCCGAGCGACUACUUUGCCGAGAUGGUCAAGACCGACGAGCACAUGGAGCGCAUCCGCCAGAAGCUGCUCGACGAGUCGGCGUCGAUCAAGGCGUCCGAGGCGGCCAAGAAGCAGCGCGAGCUCAAGAAGUUUGGCAAAAAGGUCCAGGUCGAGAAGCUCGAGGAGCGGCUGCGCAAGAAGAAGGAGAUGAACGAAAAGGUCAAGAGCCUCAAGCGCAAGCACUCCAACGUCGACGAGGGCGACGACGACUUCGACGUGCGGCUCGACGAGGCGCUCGACGACAAGCCGUCGCGCGGCGGCAAGCCCGGCGCCGCCAAGAAGGGCAAGGUGGGCCGCGGCGCCGACGGCAAGGCGCGCAUGCCGCGCUCGGCCCGCGACGCAAAGUACGGCUUUGGCGGCAAGAAGAAGCGCUCCAAGUCCAACACGGCCGAGAGCACAAACGACUUUGGAAACUAUAGCGGCGGCAGCUUUGGCGGUACCGGCGGUGGCGGUGGCGGUGGCGGUAAAGGCGGCAAGUCGUUUGGCGGCGGUGGUGGUGCAAAGAAGGGCGGCGGUGGACCGGCUGGAUCGGCUAGGCCCAAGGCUAAGACGGGCGCGGCGAAGAGGCCCGGAAAGAGUAGGCGGCACGGUUCGGGCAAGCGAUGA